UUUCAGCACUUUGACUUUGGAGAUAAAUUUCACCAACUGAGCUGAAUUCUACUGUAAUUGUCCACACAUACCUAAUUAUCUACAUACCUAAUUAUCCAAGAUGUCAGUAUUACCGCCAGAAUUGGAUUUGUGCGAGGACGCACGAUCCAGGUUCACGCAUACCAAGGCAUUAUUCGAGCAACUAGAGCGAGGUGAGCACCCACCUUACUGCUUCUCGCCCCGGACGUCUCGGCCACCUCCUCCACCUUUACCGCCGAAACCAAGCGUUCAGUGUCCGACGUCACCAUUAUCACAGGUGACGCGCAACUUUUCGGAAUUAGUAUCUGAUCUGGAUCGAUUAUCUACAACACAUUCCGUUCUGGCUACAAAAAUUAACGGAGUUGACUCUCUGAGUUCCCCAAUAUCUACGUUGGAUUCAAUAACUACUAAAAAGGCCAACUAUGAACCUUAUUGGCGUGACCCCUCAUUCUAUAAACGACGAUUUGGUGGCUUAGAAAGCCUAUCCACAAAUGCGGCAUGUGAUAGUGAUAGCAAUGAAAACGCUGAUGCAAUUAGUGAAAUAGCACAAAAUGAAAGUGAUAAGGAACAGGCAGUAAAGCACACUACAUAUGCUCUCGUGAAAAGUCGUAAACCGGAGAAUGAUGAUGAUAAUCAGCUGCCGGAAAAAGUGGCUGAGUUUGGGAACACAACCGGUUUUAAUGUACUGUUGGAAGAAUGUUCGUCUGGGGUCAAAAAUGGUUCAAAUGGCGAUUUAUCGGGCGUUGCAGAGGUGAUACGAGGUCUUUCACCUGAAUUCGAUGUUGUAGGACGAAAAGUCUCCUUUAGUACUGCCCCGAUUAAGGUUUUCUCAACGCAUAGUAUCAUGGAUUACGAUCGUCGGAACGACGAGAUUGAUCCGGUAGCGUCGUGCGCUGAGUACGAACUCGAACGACGUCUUGAUAAAAUGCAAAUAUUCGAUGUACAUCUAAAGAAAGGCGCUGAAGGGCUAGGGGUUUCUAUUAUCGGUAUGGGAGUGGGCGCUGAUUCCGGUCUUGAGAAAUUAGGAAUAUUCGUGAAGAGUAUAACGCCUGGUGGAGCGGUUCAUCGUAACGGCCAAAUUCGGGUUUGCGAUCAGAUUGUAAGUGUUGACGGAGUCAGUCUGGUAGGAGUGAGCCAGAUUUUUGCUGCUGAAACUCUGCGAGCUACCGGAAGUGAGGUAGUCUUUACAAUUGGUCGGGAGGACAAUUUGGAAAAGAGCGAAGUUGCGCAGCUCAUUAGGCAAUCACUGGAGGCAGAUCGAUUUCGAGAAGCGCAAGAAUUAGAAGAGGAUGAGGCUGAUAGUGAUGACAGCGAGGAACCGGCAAUUUUAAAGGAAGAACGGAAAAUUAGGAAACGCAUAGAUGAUCUUGAAAUGGAGCUUAGUGAAUCACAGAAGAAAGCCGAUCAGAUGAAGGAGAUCCUGGAAAGUUCGAGGGCUCAUUAUGCUAUGCUUGAAAGUAAAUAUGAGCAGGCAAAUCAGCUGUUACGAAGUUAUCAAGAAAGAGAAAAAGAACUGCUGGAACGCGAAGAAGCGCAUGUUGAUCAGCUGCGCCAGAAGGAUGCCCAUUACAGUGCCCUAGUGAGCCAGCUUAAGGAACGCAUCGAAGAACUGGAAAGAAGACUCGAUGAGAUGGCACAAAGACGCACAAAUGUGAUGGAAGGUGAGCUAUCGGAGCUAAAAGAGCAGUUAGCAGCUCGAGAUGUCAGUCCCGCUUUAGCCUAUAAACCUACAUGUCCAAUGGAUCAUGACUCGACGAAAUCCUCCAAAAUUCUCGCUAUUAAAACGGGCAGUUUGCCUAGUAAGUCAGCAUCGACAUCUGCAUAUCGUCGUGUUAAUGGUACAGAGAGUGCUUGUGAAAGUGCUGCCGAUGACGUAUCUGAUGAGCAGAAAUCAUCACGUGACAGCCCGAUACCACGGAUUUCGGAACCGGCUAGUCCGGCUGUACUUCACAGAUUCGCUCAUCGCAGAAUAUUAUUUCCGCUGAAGCGACGUUAUAUCACAACGGAGCACGAAUUCUGGCGUGAUACAUUUCAAUCCAUUCAGGGGCUCCAGGUACUACACUGGACAUGCGAUGAUGUUUGUCAGCUGUUGAUUCAAAUGGGUUUGGAUAAGUACAUUCCUGAAUUUACCGUUAAUCAGAUCAAUGGUACCAAGUUCCUAGACUUGGAUGGGAACAAGUUAAAGAUAAAAAAAGGAAAUGUCCGGAAUAAAAGUACUGUCCAGCCAUUUGAUCAGGAAAUAUACUAA